AUGCUGCUCCACAAGUUGUUCGAAAGCCUUUCUUUUUUCAUAGCUGAAGACUCGCAACACCAUUGGGUAACACAGAUCUUUAAGCAAAAAGAACCACCGAGGAAGAAAGAAUGUUUUCGAGAAUUAUCAAAUCAAAUCGUCGAAGAAUCUUUGCAAAUCAUGAAAGACGAAGGCUGGGUGGAAGAAUCAAGGGAAUGUGAUGAUGUCAUUUACAGCAGAAAAAUUCCGAAAUAUGGCAAAGUUUUUAAAUAUGAGGGAAUCGUCAACAUCAACGCCGGAAAGCUGAAGUUCAAGCUUUUUGACGAAGUAGAGAAAAGCCCUGAGUGGAAUUGUUGUUUGACGGAUGCGAAGGUAGUACAACCUAUUGACAACCAAACAGAUGUUGCACAUAUCGUUUCUAAAGGCUAUCCCUUCGUUUCAAGCAGGGACUUUGUAAAUCUCAGAACGUGGAGAAAGAAAGGGAAUGAUUACGUGCACUCAUGCAUAUCAAUAUCUCAUCCAAAAGUUCCAGAACAUCCAUCCUAUGUCCGUGGUCAACACCGCCUGUGUACAUAUGUAAUCAGUCCUUUACCACAAGAUCCCAACAGAAGCAAAGUGACGUGGCUGAUGCAAGUUAAUCUAAAUGGAUGGCUUCCACAAUACAUCAUCGAUCAAACUAUCUCCAUUGGGAUGUUAGAUCAUGUAAAAGCUAUAAAAACGUUUCUGGCUGACUAA